AUGUCUGCUUCUACCUAUCCUUUUCUUCUCCGAUCCAUCGGGACCAGAUUUAAUAAUGGCUCUAAUGGCUUGUUAAAAGCUUAUAAAGGUGGAAAGCAUAAUGGGUUAACUUUAAGAAGCUGUUUUGAUUCUUCUCACAAGAAGCCUGAUCAAAAGGCUCAAGCUUUAUCUCACCAUCACAAGAAGAUUGUUGUGGCUGUUGACAUAGAUGAGGGUAUUCUCUUGCUUCUUGGAAACUUUGUCUCGGCACUUAACAGGUUCAUUGCGGAUCGCUAUUUGUCAAACCAUUCAGUCUCAGACUACCAUGUCUACGAGUUCUUCAAGAUAUGGAAAUGCUCUCGGAAUGAAGCUGACAUACGUGUUCAUGAAUUCUUUAAGACAUCUUAUUUCAAGAAAGGGAUCCAUCCUCUUCCUGGUGCUCAUAACACUCUUCACAAGCUAUCAAGAUAUUGUGAGCUUUCAGUUGUGACGUCCCGGCAGAAUGCUAUAAAGGAUCACACACUUGAGUGGCUUGACAUGCAUUUUCCAGGACUGUUUAAGCAGAUUUAUUUCGGAAACCAUUUUGCUCUUCAUGGAGAGUCUAAACCCAAGUCUGAAAUCUGCAGAUCAUUUGGAGCAGAGAUAAUGAUUGAUGACAACCCGAGAUAUGCAGAGGAAUGCGCAAACAUAGGAAUGGAGGUUCUUCUCUUUGACUAUGAAAACUCAUACCCUUGGUCUAAAACUGAGUCUGUGGAUAGACAUCCUUUGGUGACUAGAGUUCAUAACUGGGAAGAGGUAGAGCAGCAUAUUCUCUCAUUGAUAGUAUCAAAGUGUUGA